UUGAACAUUGUCGGUUGAAACAAGAAGAGCAGAACCCUAUCAAGUGAGUGAUCAAAGAAACGGUACCAUCACAUUCACUAUAUAUAAGUCAUAGCGGCGACACCAUCGAAGAAACCAAAAAGGAGAGACUAAGCAUAAAAACGAGAGCGAAAGAAAUGGCGACGUCGGGAACAUACGUGACGGAGGUUCCUUUAAAAGGGACGGCGGAGAAACAUUACAAGAGGUGGAAGAGCGAGAAUUUUCUCUUCCCUGAUGCCAUCGGCCACCACAUUCAAAAUGUUACCGUUCACGACGGCGAAUGGGACUCCCACGGCGGUAUCAAGAUUUGGAACUACACAUUGGAUGGAAAGCAGGAGGUAUUCAAGGAGAAGAGAGAGAUAGACGAUGAGAAUACAACAAUGACGGAUAGAGGACUUGAAGGUCACGUGAUGGAGCUGUUCAAGGUUUAUGACCUCAUCGGCCAAUUUAUUCCCAAGACUGAAGAUAGUUGCAUCUGUAUAAUCACUAUGGUUUGGGAGAAGCGCAACGAUGAAGUCCCCGAACCAAGCAGCUACAUGAAACUCCUCAAGAGCAUGGUUGUAGACAUGGAGGACCACGUUCUCAAAGCUUAAUCAACAUCAUCAUGAUCACCACUACCAUCAAAAUUAUCACUCUCUCGAUGUACUUUCAAGGUGUUCUCAAUAUAUAAUAAUGAAUAAGUGUGGUCUUUUACGGGGAGUUACAUCCCCUAGUCUAUAUUUGAGAAGUGAUUUGCCACAUGUUUUCUC